AUGGAUGAUAAACAUCUAGUUAUCUCAAAAUCAUUGAACACACGUUUAAAUAUUUGGAAUACUGUUGCAGGUACGGGCACCGUUGGGUCAACGUCAGUUACACUUAAUACUCCUCGUGGAAUUUUUGUUGAUGUAAAUCUUAAUUUGUACGUAGCUGAUGCUUUCAACAACCGAAUUCAAAAGUUUUCAUCGGGCCAAUCGAAUGGAAUGACAAUAGCAGGAAGUGGUGCAACAGGAACAAUUUCACUCUCUGUUCCCGGUGGAGUUAUACUUGAUGCUGAUGGUUAUCUUUUCAUCGUGGAUGGUUGGAAUCAUCGUAUUGUUGGUUCAGGUCCAUACGGUUUUCGAUGUAUAGCGGCAUGCUCUGGUGGUGGUUCAACAUCUACUCAAUUAAGUUAUCCAUUAACUCUUAGCUUUGAUAGCUAUGGAAAUAUAUAUGUGGCUGAUCAAUACAAUCAUAGAAUUCAAAAAUUUCUUCUUUCAACCAAUUCAUGUGUAACAACUUCGACAAACACUAUUCAAUCAACUACUUCAUCAACAUCGAUGCCCUAUUCAAACGCUGUUUCAUACAAUCAACCAAAAUUUAGUGCAAUUGCUGCUUGGGAUGGUAAUGCAAUAACAUUUGCAACUAGUACUACAGUCGGUGCAUCUCCUUUUGGUCUUUUUGUAAGCACUAACAAUACUGUUUAUGUGGCCAAUCAAGCAAACAAUCAGGUUCAAAUAUGGUCAGAAGGAAGUAGUGUACCUACAAGAAAUAUCACCAGUGGUUUAUCGUAUCCAUAUAGUAUCUUCGUUACAACCAAUGGCGAUAUUUAUGUCGAUAAUGGACAUUCAUAUAAUCGUGUCGACAAAUGGGCAUUAAAUGGAACAAGUAGUACAGUAAUGUAUGUUAAAGACGAUUGUUACGGACUUUUUAUUGAUGUUAAAAACAAUCUUUACUGUUCAAUGUUUAAUAUUCAUCAAGUUAUGACAAAAUCAUUAAAUAGUAAUUCAGACAUAUGGAUCAUAGCUGCAGGAACCAAUUGUUGGGGUCUAACAUCUAAUACACUUUAUAAUCCACGUGGAAUAUUUGUUGAUGCUGAUCUUAAUUUAUAUGUAGCUGAUUGCGGAAAUGAUCGAGUGCAAAAGUUUCCAUCGGGAGAAGUCACAGGAAUAACAGUAGCUGGGAGUACAGCAAUAGGAACAAUUACACUUAAUUGUCCUAGCGGAGUUGUACUUGAUGCUGAUGGAUAUCUUUUUAUUGUGGAUAGUUUACAACAUCGUAUUGUUGGCUCAGGUCCUAACGGUUUUCGAUGUAUAGUUGGCUGUUCGACUGUCGCUGGUUCAUCAUCUAGUCAAUUAUCUAGUCCAUCGGAUCUUAAAUUUGAUAGCUAUGGAAACAUAUAUGUUACUGAUAAAAGUAAUAAUCGAAUACAAAAGUUUGUUUUAAUGCUAAAUACUACUUAUGUUGCGCCAACCACUAUUCAAUCAACUGCAGUUUUGACUAUGAAUGCCACUCAAACAACUAAAAUUCUAACUACAAAUGCCAUUCAAACUACAACAGCACCGACCACAAGUAAUAUCCAAACUACAGCAGCACUCACUACAAGUCCCAUUGAUUCUACUGCAUUUCCAACCACAAAUGCUACUCAAACGACAGCAGCACUGACCACAAGUCCCAUUGAUUCUACUGUAGUUCCAAUCAUAAGUACUAUCCAAACUAUAGUAACGCUCACUACAAGUCCCAUUGAUUCUACCAUGAAUCCGACUCCAAGCUCCAUUGAUUCUACUGCGUUUCCAACCACAAGUCCUAUUGAUUCUACUGCAUUUCCAACCACAAGUGCUAUGCAAAAUACAGCAGCACUCACUACAAGUCUCAUUGAUUCUACUAUGAAUCCGACUACAAGCUCCAUUGAUUCUACUGCGUCUCCAACCACAAGUUCUAUUGAUUUUACUACAGUUCCAAUCACAAGUGCUAUUCAAACUACAGCAGCACUCACUACAAGUCCAAUUGAUUCUACUAUGAAUCCAAGCACAAGCCCCAUUGAUUCUACUGCGUUUCCAACCACAAAUUCUAUUGAUUCUACUGCAGUUCCAAUCACAAGUGCUAUCGAUUCUACUUCGGUUCUAACUACAAGCACCGUCGAAACUACGACAGCUCCAACAACAACAAACCCUCCAAUAGAGAAAAUAACCACCGAGAUCAUUCAAACAACUGAUGCCAAAAAUACAACACAGCUUGAAAUACAAGAAACCUCGUCAACAGAACAACAUUCAUCGACAAUUACGAUUAUUACAACUUUGAAACCAUUUAUUACUAAUCAAACUUGUUUUUCACCGACUCUGAUACUCAUCCCUGGACAAUCAUCUUUAGCAUCUCCAUUACAAUAUCGACGAAGUCAAGAUUUUUCAAUUAUUUCGAUUCUUCAAUUUAAUUGUGGUGGUUCACUAUCAACAAUUAUUCAAUGGACAAUAAAAAAUUGUACUACUACUUCUUGUUUAUUUCCAAUUCGAUUAAGUGAAAAAGUUAUGACAACAUUUAGUGAACUUUAUAUUCCAUCAAGAACUUUGGCUUAUGGAACUUAUGAACUAACAUUAACUGUAACAAUGGUUGAUUCACCCACUUUAAAAUCGACAUCUUCUGCUUAUGUGAGAAUAACUGCAUCAGGUAUAACAGCAAAUCUUGUUCAAUUAGGAACAUCAGUGAUUACACGUGGAAAUCAACAAGAUCUUUUACUUGAUCCUGGAACAUUUUCUGUUGAUCCUGAUCAAGAUUCAUUUGAUGCUACUAAAUGGAUAUAUAAAUAUUAUUGUCGAAUAUAUGGUUUAUAUAACUUUCCCAAUUUGCAAGGUAUAUUAUUAUCAAUUGAUGAUUCAAGAAAUGAUCCAUUGAAUCCAUCAUGUUUAUCAAAUCGAUCAGGUAAUGGAACAAGAUUGAUAUAUGGAAAUUUAACUUUAUCACCAAAAUCAUCCAUAACAAUUCUUUCUGGUUCACUUCAAUCAAAUCGAACAUAUCAAUUUAUGGUUUAUAUGGAAAAUCGUAAAAAUUCUUCUAUUCAAGCAACUGGUUAUGUACUUGUACAAGUUGAAGAUACUCGUCCACAAUUAAUUGUUAUUGGUUGUGUUAUAUCAACAAUGUGUAUUCCAAAUCUUGAAUUUCAACUUGUUAAUCCAUCAACACAAGUUGCUUUAUAUGCUAUUUGUGUUGGAAUUUGUAUAAAUAUUGAAAAUAUACGAUGGAAUGUUUAUCAAGGUUCAAUAAAUUCAUCGACAAAUCGUACUCAAUGGAUUUUAUUUAAUCAAAUGAUUUCAUAUGAAAAUAUUUGGUUUUUUGGUUUAAAUACAACGAAUUUCACAGCAACAAACAAACUUUUUCUUGAUAAUCCUCAAAUAAAUUUUUGGCGAUUUGAAGUUGUUUAUACAUUUUCAUUUGAAACAAGUUCAAGUGCAUUGAAUUUUGUUAUUAAUCAAUCUCCAUAUAAUGGUUCUUGUUCAAUUGAUCCUCAAAAUGGUAUGACAAGUACUUUAUUUACAGUUUCAUGUCCAAAUUGGUUUGAUGAAGAUGGAAUUAAAGAUUAUUCAGUUUAUGUUUGGACAAAAGAUUCAUCACAAAGAAUAAUGAUGGCAUUUUCACCAGUAUUUGAUUUUCAAGUUCGUUUAGUAACUGGAGAUAAACAAACAUCAUUACUCAAUAUUGUUAUUUAUAUUCGAGAUUUUCUUGAUUGUAUCACAGAAGUUAAUGUGUCUUCUGUUAGUGUUAUAUCAGAUUUCGUAGAAAUAAAUGAUUUAAUUAAUAAAAUACAAAGUUCCUCAAAUGAAAUAACUAAUAAUCCAAUUGUUCAAUUACUUUAUAGUGGAAAUCAAAAUAUUGUUGGACAAAUUAUCACUUCACUUUCACAAUAUUUUAAUCAAAUGAAUACUGAAAAUGUAGAUGAUGCUGUUUCAAGUGGUAUUCCAGUAACAAGUAUUUCAAUAUCACCAUUAGGAGGUGCAAAUUUUCAAAAAACUUCAAUAUCGUUGAAUGAAUCAGUUUUGAUUGAAUAUAAAAAAGAAUUAAAUUCUCAAACAAAUGUUCGAGAUUAUUUGAUAGGAUUUAUAAGUAAUCUUCUUAUUACAACAUCAAAUAGUAUUGCAUUACAAUCAACUUCAUUAGCUCAAUUAACUCAAGCUACAAAUCAAUUAACACGAAAUACUUUAAUGAUCGCAUUAAAUAGAUGUUAUCAAUUAUCUGUUGCUUUACAUUCAAUGGCAACAAAAAUUUCAUAUGAAGAUGUUCAAAUAGCAUCGAAUCAACUUAUUCAAUGUGCUUCAAAUAUUUUAACCGGUGUAAAUGGACCGUUACAAGGAAGAAUAAGUUUACUUGAUUUAGAUUUAUCUCGUGCAAAUUCAUUUCCUACUGAUUAUGAUACAGAUCUUGAAUCUGAAUGGUCAAAUCUAAAUUUAUUUGCUGAUGGAAAUGAUUUUUUAAUUGAAACAAUUGAAAAAAAUCGAAAUAUUUAUUAUCAAAAACAAUUAGCAAAUCAAAUAAAAAAUCAAGUAAAUGAAAUAAUUGCAUUAUUAACUCCGACAUUAAAUAUUCAUAUAAAUAUUGGUCAAAAUUUAAUAAUAAAUACAUCUCAAACAUUUAUGUCAUUAGAAACAAUAUCGAUUAAAUCACUUGAAAAGAAAAUUGUUAAACAAGUUGCAAAUGCUUACUUUGAUAUUCCAUCAAAUUUUACUUUGAAUACGACAAAUAUUUCUUCGAUUUCACUUCGAUCAAUGAUGGAACCACUUGCUUCGUAUGGAAAUUCCAAAAUUCAAUCAAAUACAAAUCUUUCAACAUCAAUUUCACUUUCAAUUCUUGAUCGAAAUGGAAAUCAAGUUUCUAUUCAAACAAGUGAAAAUAAUCUAAUACAAUUAAUUAUUCCUCGUGAUCCAAAUAUGAUAAUUCCAUCAAUGAAUUUACAAAAUGUCACAUCAAUUAAUUCAACUAUUCAUAAUUUAUUAUUUAAUUUUCAUUAUAUUAAUAUAACAAGUUCUCUUUCUAUUUCAAUACAUAUAGAGAUGCAUCCUUUAAAUUCAAGUCUUGCUUAUUUAUUUAUUUAUAAAUUUGAUCAAAUACCUCAAUUAAAUAGUUCGAUUAAUUCGGUUGAUGGUUGGACUCUCUUUUGUCCUUCAAAUUUAUCAAAUGAAAGUAUUUACACAUAUUUUAUUAAUAAUCAACAAACAUCUACACAUCAAUCAUUAAUAUUUGGUUUACGAGAAUUAAAUUCAACAGAAUUUAUUGAGUUUUGUUUAAAUAAAUCUUUAGUUAAUAAUCUUCCUAUUACAGAUGAAAAAUUUAAUUUUACAUCAAAUUACGAACUUCGUAUAUAUAUAUCAGGUUGUUAUUAUCUUGAUUCGAACAAUAAUUGGAAAUCAGAUGGAUUAAUAGUUGGUCCAUUAACAAAUCAUUAUGAAACUGAAUGUUUUUCAAGUCAUUUAACAACAUUUGCUGGUGGUUUUAUUAUUUUACCAGCACCAAUUAAUUGGAAUUAUGUUUUUGCAAAUGCUGAUUUUCUGAAAAAUAAAACUGUUUAUUUAACGAUUAUUUGUAUGUCUGUUAUUUAUAUAAUAUUGAUAAUUUAUGCACGUUUUCAAGAUAGAAAAGAUAUUGUAAAGUUGGGAGUAACACCAUUACCUUAUAAUCAAAAAUCAGAUGUAUAUCUUUAUCAAAUUCUUGUUUUUACUGGUCAACGAGUAAAUUCUGGAACAAAAUCAAAAGUUCAGUUUAUUUUAUCGGGUAAUCAUGAUGAAACAUAUGUUCGAACAUUUUCAGAUCCUCAUCGAAAGAUUCUUCAACGUGGUGGAAUUGAUGCAUUUAUUCUAUCUGUUCCAAAAUCAUUGGGAUUGUUAAAUUAUAUUCGUAUUUGGCAUGAUAAUUCAGGUGAAGGUUCAUCUGCAUCAUGGUUUUUAAAGUAUAUUAUUGUUCGAGAUUUACAAACAAUGGAAAAAUUUUAUUUUAUCACACAACGUUGGUUUGCAGUUGACAAAGAUGAUGGACUUAUUGAACGAGUUUUACCAGUUGCAAGUGAAUUUGAAAAACGUGAAUUUUCUUAUGUAUUAUCAAAGAAAACAUAUCAUAGUAUAUCUGAUGGUCAUUUAUGGUUUUCAAUAUUCACUCGUCCACCAUCAAAUAAAUUUACUCGUGUGCAACGAUGUACUUGUUGUUUUGUUUUAUUAUUUCUGUCAAUGUUAAUUAAUAUAAUGUAUUAUGAUUUAUCAACAGAAGCAAAAGCAUCAAGAGAAGGUAGUAAAUUAUCAAUUGGUCCUUUUUAUAUAAGUCGUGAACAAAUUACAAUUGGUAUUAUGAUUGAAUUAUUGUCAUUAGUUCCAAGUCUUUUAAUUGUUCAACUCUUUCGACGUAUUGAAUCUCGUCAACAAAUAUCACCAUUACGUCAAACAUUGUAUAAGAUUAAACCAUCUUUACAAAUUAAUACAGAAACUGUUCAUGUAACUAAGAAAAAACCAUAUGAAAUAACAUUUCCUUGGUGGUGUUUAUUUAUUGCUUAUGGUCUUUCAUUUCUAAUGAUUGCUGUUUCAAUUUUUUUUAUCAUUGCUCGAGGAAUUCAAUUUGGUGAUUUAAAAAUGCAAAAAUGGUUAACAUCAAUUCUUACUGGAUUUUUUUCUUCGAUUCUUCUUACUCAACCUAUCAAAAUUGUAUGUGUGGCAAUAUUCUUUGCUUGUUUUUGUCGAAAUUCAUAUGAUGAUAAAGAAGCAAGUGAAUUUAUAGAUGAGAAUCAGAUAGAUUUAGAUUAUGAUGAAGAAUAUCUUCAUUCAAUUGAAGGUGAUAUCUUAUUUUCAUCUCCAUCCUCAAAAACUAUAAAUCGUCUUAACAAAAAUGAAAUAGCUUAUGCUCGUGAACAACGUUUAAAAGAAAUUCAAAUGUGGUCUAUUAUUCAAGAAUUAAUUACUUAUUUUAUAUUUUUAAUAUUAAUUUGUGUAAUAACUUAUUCAAAUCGAGAACAAAAUAGUUUCUUUCAAGUUCAACAUUUACGAAAAUAUCUUUUAAAUGCAAGAAAAACCAAUUAUGAUUACACACAGAUUUCAACAAUAAAUGAAUAUUGGAAAUGGUUAGAAAAUAGUUUUAUUGAAAAUCUUCGUGCUCAACAAUGGUAUAACGGUGAGAUUCCUCGAAAUUUGAAUGGAUAUCUAAAUGAUAAAUCUAAUCGAUUAAUCGGCUGGUCAACAAUGAGACAGUUACGUAUAAAAUCAAAUUUCUGUUCUGAUCAACGUAUUAUUUCAAUAUGUCACAAUGAUUAUAGUUUAUUUAAUGAAGAAAAACAUUCAUUUCAACCAGGAUGGAUUAAUCAAACAUCAUCAACAGACGAACAAUAUAGUUCAUCAAUCAUCAAAGCAUUUAAAUAUUUCACAAGUGAACAAUUAGAUACAUAUAUUUCAAUAGGUGAACAUGGGAUAUAUAGUGGAAAUGGUUAUGUAUAUGAAUUUCGUGGUCGUCUAUCUGAUCUUCGAAGUAAUUUAUCCAAACUUCAUCAAUUAGGAUGGAUUGAUAAGCAAACAAGAGCGAUUUUUAUUCAAUUAACAUUAUAUAAUCCAAAUGUUCAAUUAUUUACUUCAAUUACUUUUCUUAUCGAAUUUUUAUCAACAGGUUCAAUAGUUCCAACAGCUCGUUUUGAGCCAAUUAAUUUCUAUACAUUUACAUCAAUCUUACAAUUAAUUCCUACAAUUAUCUAUGUGGGUUUUAUCAUUUAUUUAAUGAUAAUCGAAAUUCGAUUAUUAUUUCGAUUAAAAUUAAAAUAUUUUUGUGAAUUUUGGCCAUGGAUUAACUUAGGAAUCAUUGUUUGUUCAUGGGGAAGUGUUGUAAUUUAUAUUUGGCGUUUUCAUGAAUUUAACCGUAUUAGUUCACUUUUCGAAAAAACAAAUGGAUAUGUUUAUGUUAAUUUACAAUUUGCAGUUUAUGUCAAUGAUCUUUUAACAUUUCUUCUUAGUUUUUGUUGUUUUUUUGGAAUAAUUAAAUUUAUUCAUUUAAUUCGUUUUAAUCAACGUUUAUUAUUAUUUAUUCAAACACUUCAAUGUGCUGGCAAAGAACUUCUUUCAUUUACAAUGAUGUUUUCAAUUGUAUUUAUGUCGUUUCUUUGGUUAUUUUAUUUAUUAUUUGUAUCAAGUAUUUCGUCUUGUUCAUCUGUAUUAGGAACUGCACAAAUGUUGUUUGAAAUGACAUUAAUGAAAUUUGAUACAAGCCAAUUAAUUGGAGCAAAUGUAUUUCUUGGUCCAGUUUGCUUUUUUCUCUUUAUUUUGUUGGUUGUAUUUAUUUGUUUGAGUAUGUUUCUUUCGAUUAUUAAUGAUAGUUUUCGUCGUGCACGAGAAAAUAGAUCUGAAGAUGAAAAGAUUUUAUCAUUUAUGUUAGCGAAAUUUUUGCGUUGGACAGGUUUGAAAAAGGCAACUGAAUUAGAAAUUCAAAGAGAACGAGAUUUGCAAAUGCGUUCACAAUACUUUGAUCCAAUUGAAAAUUUUCCUGAUAGAAUGGAUCAAUUAUGUGAGGCAAUCAAUAGAGUAUGUUCAAACAUUAUUUAUUUUCGUUCAAAAUUACUUGUUUCUUUGUUAUUUUAGCUUUAUAUCAGUCAAAAAGCUGAACUAUCAAGAUUGAAAAAAGCUGGAGUUUAGAUAAUUCUUUUCAAAAUCUCUAUAGAACUUAAAUCAAACUGAUAUUCAAAUUUGUGUAUGUUAAUAUAACUUUUGUUUAACUUGAUGUAACCAAUAUACAGUAUAUAUAUCCUUAAAUAAAAUCAUUUAUUUUCUAUCAACAUAUGCACUUCAUAACAACAAAAGAAAGAGUUUUAAAGCAUUUUAUCCUGUCGAGACCUUGGUGAAUAUCAUCAAUAUCAAUGUCUUAGCUGCUUUUAUUUAAAUCUGAACAAAACGAGAGAAUCUAACUUUUUCGUUUUCUAAGAUACUAUAAGUAUGAGUUGUGUAUCACGUUUCUUUUCGUAAAAUACUGCAAGGAAUGAACAAGGUACGAUAUAGAACAUCCCAGUCAGACAAAAAUUUCGAAAAACGCGUUUAAACGUACAAUCGGGAACCUCGACUGUGAUCCAUUCACGCUCAUUAAAAAAACGCACGAAAACGCGUUUAUUGGCGUUUUUUGUAACUUUCUGGGCGUCAAAACGACGAAAAUUCCAGUUUUUGAGCGUUAAAACGUAUUGUUUUUAAGUUCUAGAAUAAUAGUGCGUUUUAACGCUCAAAAACUGGAAUUUCCGCCGUUGUGACGCCCAGAAAGUUACAAAAAACGCCAAUAAACGCGUUUUCGUGC